UGUGCGCCAAAAAAAGAUCGUGACUGUCAUGUCUGGAAAUUCGUUUGUGGAGCUAUCGCUACUCUGGUAAUAGGCACCCAAGGUUUGAUCACUGAUUUUUGUAAAAAUUACCUGAUAAUUGGCAUCCCUGGUUGAACUAACAUGUUUUGAAAAGUAAACAACGUGUGCUUGAGAAAUUUUCUCGCAGUAUUUUAAAAACAGGAAAUUUAGGAAGUUUUUUUAGUUCCACAGUAUUUCUGUGUGUAUUUCUUCUACAUCAUGCCGUUUAUGAAAGGAAAGGCGCCGGUUAGAAGAUCUAUUCAGUAUCUGAGUGCUGGCCGGUUAGCACUGAAAGAAAAAAUUAAGAUCUUUAGUGUAAAUUACAAUACUUACGGUAGUCAUCAUGAGGGCGCCAGAGAUUUCGUAUUCUGGAACAUUCCCCAGAUACAGUACAAAAAUCCAGAGGUGCAGGUUGUAACGUUCAAAAACAUGACUCCAUCUCCCUUUAUUCGAUGUUAUUUCGAUAAUGGUAAGCAAAUGCUGAUUGACAUCGACAGUAAAGAUCGAAAUGAGAUAAUGCAACAUCUGAUUCGUGUAGUAGGAAAAUCACUUGAAACUCUCGAAGCAGAAUCAAAGUUGGCCCAAAAACAGGACAAUCCUGCAAACUUCGGCGUAGGCUGUAUGAAACAUUGCAUCUGUGAGAUCCCCGGUCAGUUACCCUGUCCCGGUGUUGUUCCGGUACCAAAACAUAUGCGCGGAAAGUAUAUAUAUCAAAUGAAGGAUUAGAACAAUGUUCUAGUUUAUUAACCUUAAAAUUAGUAAAUUAGUCAGUAGUUUAAAUAUAUAUAUUGUAAAAAAAAUCAUUCACUAAUAAACUGCUGAUAGAUGCGUAUAGAAA